GGAUUUCGGACACAGUGAAUGUUUUGCGGUCACAUGUGAAUGUUGAUGCACGAAGAUAUGUCGAAGAACUCGGAUAUUAAUGAUGAUGCGAACAUGAAGUCAAUGGCCCUGGCUAUACCGCCAGAUUCUCCAAAGAAACCUGUGAAAUCGACCGCAGUGGUGAAAUACUCUGUGGUCCAAACACCAGCGACGUACGCUCAAUUACAAUGUAACACGGACUUGAACCUUCCACCCAGCAACUGGCUCAGCAGCUCGGCGGAAAGUUACGGCCUGCAGAAUGUUUGGUCUCAGAGCACAGGAUUCUCCAGUUUUCGCAUGGCGCACAUGUUUCCCGAUUGCGUUGGCGAAGUGGACGUGGUGUCGGAUGCUGAGAAUAUAAAAAAGUUACUUCAACUACCCUACAAUCAUGAUGUGAUCUCAAUGAUGGUGCAUCGCAUCGAAAACACAUUGCUGCUGGACGACUUUGACAUACACAAGUAUCUACUGAGACAAGCCGAGAGUGACUGGGAAUGGCUGAAAAAGUUCUUCUACGAGCAUAUUUUUCAAAAUCUCGGCGACAAGGAGAAGCGUCUUUUUCACAAGGCAUACAGCAGAAAUAGUUUACAGCAGAGGAACCUAGUAUCGAAGUUUCUGUAUCAUUCCAUAGUAUUGGCGGAUAAAAACAAAGAGAGCGAAAAGCCUCAGUUACCCGUGAAAACGUUAGAGCCAUGUUUGCCCGAGCCGACGCAAGAGGAGAAAGUACCUGAUCCAAAUUACAAUCAUAAUUUUGCAAGGAACGUUGUAUGGACAUUUGAGAACAUACAAAUGCUUAUUGGAACAGACAUGCCGAUAUUCGGCGGUCAGACACAUCCGUGCAUAAGUCUACGACUGAGAGAUAUGACGAAACCUAUCAAUGUCUUAACGGGAAUAGACUAUUGGCUCGACAAUUUGAUGUGCAAUGUUCCGGAAGUCGUGAUGUGUUACCAUUUAAAUGGUAUCGUACAGAAAUAUGAACUGAUCAAGACGGAAGAUCUUCCAAAUUUAGAUAAUUCAAAGUUUAGUCCUAAAGUGAUUCGAGACGUUGCUCAGAACAUUUUGAGUUUCCUAAAAAAUAAUGCGACAAAAGCCGGUCACACUUAUUGGUUAUUUAAGGGUAAGGAUGAUGAUGUUGUGAAGCUGUAUGAUUUGACAUCAUUGUGCAACGAUGUUUCGGAAGAGAAGGGACAAAAUCCCUUCACCGUACCCGUUGCAAUGUUGUUAUACAGAGUAGCUCGCAACAUGAAAUAUUCUCCCGAUUACCAUCGGCAUCAGGGUACGAUCAGAAUGCUGCUGAAAAAUUGCGUUCAAUUGCUGUCCAAAGAGAAAUAUCCGCAGAUCGUUACGUCCGCGCAUUUUAUGCUUUCGGAUUUAUAUAUACCGUCGGAUACUGAUCCAGCCAGUCCAGGAUUAUCAGAUCAAAGCGACGAGGAGGACAUUCAGAGUGAGUGUGGUACGAGUGGUCAAGAAAACGAAAAGGACGACGAGGAGGAGGAGGAGGAGGAAGAAACUUGCGCGAUCAAAUCUUUGACUCUAGCCAACAUGAAAGAGCAAAUGGAACGUGAGCAACCAAAGUAUAAGGCACCUCCGAUGUCCGGUACUAUAGAAGAGAGAUGUCUGGCUGGAUUAGAACACGUUACGCACGGACUCGAGUGCCUUCAGUAUUUUCCGACCGACGACAGCAACGACGAGGAGCAGAAGAAAGCGGAGGAAUAUGAAAAGGAGAAGCGAAAAUACGAGGAGAUGCAUCCGAAUUUAGCGAAACCUUUUCAAGCAAUUCCCAUGCCUUACGCCCCGUUAAAUCGACAAGAUAAAAGUGCCACGUCCGAAAAAAGCUCGGAAAAUCCUAGUCCCGCGCAUAAAAAGAAAAACAAACAGAGGAAGAAGAAAAAUGAGAAGAAUAUUACGAAGGAAGUAGCGAACGUCAGCGCUUUGUUGUGUAAACCGAAAACGGAAACAUUGCCAACGUGGCAUGCGCCGAAAAAGAGUGACAAUAUCUGCUGGAGCGCUCAUUUGAAAAUAUUGUUAUACGAGAAAGCGUCCUUGAUAUUCGCCGUGCUCGCCGAGAAAGAAUACGUAAAUAAAAAUUACGGCGCCUCCUUGAGAUAUAUGCUGGAAGUGCUGUACUGCCAGAAGAUAUUGGAAAUCUUUUGCGGUGUGAGAAACGACAAGUCGAUCAGUUAUCUAUUAGGUCGCGCGGGGGACUGCUGCUUUAUGACAGUGCAAGACUGGGGCAAUGUCGAGAAGCAUAGAAAAGAUUACAAUACGAAGAACGAAAUGGAGGAGAAAAUAGUUGAAGAACUGUUCAGUGUGGAGGAUCUGGAUAUGAAUGGUGCUGAAUUAUUACCGAAGGGAUUAGAAAGUUUAGAAUCUACUUUAGUUUCAUCGUACAAAUGUUACGAGAAAGCUCUGUCAUUGGAGCCGAUGGAUAGGGAUAAAAAUAAUUUGUUGAGACGACUAGGGAAUAUUCAUAACGAGUUGGGGGUGCUUUACAUGAAUCAAGCGAAGUCUCGAUAUCAGCAAGAAAAUCAAACGGACGAAUUAUCGAAUUUAUCAGACGUCACCACGCUUCUAACGCGGUCUUUGACUCACUUGGAAGCUGGCAUUAAGGCCUUCGAGACUGUCCACGACGAGGCGAACCUGGCGCUUUUGCACUCCAACACCGGCCGGCUUAUGCGACUCUGCGCACAUAUGCAUGUCAAACAGAACACGCAGGAGCGUCAUUUUUACAACAAGGCACUCGCGAGCUAUCAGAAGGCUCUGCAGGUUUUGGGCGAUAGGAAAACGAAUCCGGAGAUAUGGGAUACGGUCAUGUGGGAUUUCUCAACGACACUAUACACGAAAGCUACGCUAUUGCAGGAUUAUCCUACGACUGAAUAUAAAAGAGAAGAGGAAUUGGAGAGAGAAGUGGUAGAUACUCUCCAGAAGGCACUCAAACAUUGUGAUAUAGACACGCCGGGACCACGUCAGCCGGUUUAUCAAUUCCGCGCUGCGACUAUUCAACAUCGAUUGGCUUCGUUAUACCAUCGUGUGUAUCGAGAAAUGGAGUCGGACGCGGAUAAUAGCAAGAAAAAGACGAGUUUGCAGUUGUGCAAAUUGUAUUACGAUAAAGCGGCGAAACUGUUGCUCUCGUUAGAGCAGAGCACGGAAUAUUUGACGGUUCAAAUGGAAAGAGUCGCCCUGGCGGAAUACCAAGCGCGUAAUGGCACUACUUUCAAUAGUAAGUUAAAAGCAUACCAAAACGGUCUUGAGUUAAUUUUGCAAUGUAUACCUAUUAUGGAAAUACUAUGCGAGCGAGGUAAUCCGACGAGACAAAAGAUACUCGAUAACAAAACAGAGUACGAUAACUCUGAAUGCGAGAAAGUGGCCGAAGAACAAAAGUUAAUGGAUGAUGAAGAAAACCUCGUAGUUCUGUUAGAACAAAGAUUACAGUUUCUUCUACGAUCAUUAACCAAGCUAUUCCUCAGCAAAAGUCCGGUGCACAACAAAAAAGAACACGAGACGCUCGCAAACCUGUACAAGCAGUGUUACGUCCGAACGUUACGACCAGACACAAUGUCGGGAUUCACUUUAGUAAAGCACAUGGCAAAAGUUCUACAAGAUAUCGACAAUACGUUAAAGCAAGCGGAAUCUUAAUUAAAGUAUGAAUAAACACCGUGUACAGUUAGUGACUUAAGAAAAUGUAUAAGAUGUACAAUAUAAGAGUAUUGUUUUUUAAGAAGA